CUUCUCAUGAUUUGCACUGUAUAGCAGUUCGGCUCCCACAGUAUAGGCUGAGCUGGUAAACGAUGGGGGCAAUGCCGUUUCACCAGUCCUCCAAUUAAGAAAAGCGCACAUUACCACGUCAACAAAGCCCCUUUCUAAAUUAUAAUAAGUGAACAGGACGCCCGACAACCAGAGAAACGCACAUUUGACUGGAAGUAACAGUAUCGGGGACAAUUAAGCGGGCAAUUACGGCGGUCGUCUAGCCAUCCUCCUGACAGUAAAAACCCGACGCUGGCGCUUGUUCAGCGCUCAUAAUGAAUUUAUCCCGUCCACGCCUGCGCAGUCACCAUUCAUCUUUGAAUCUCCUGCGAAGGAGAAAGCAGCAGGCGGCUCUCGCUGGUGUCUAGCUGGAGAGCGCUUUGACUGAACGUCUUGGAUUUGGUCCCGUCAACGAGAGUCAGAGCUGUGAAACUGUGCCUGGUAUCAACGCGUGUUUGGAUAUCUUUUCCCACUACAGUAACACUUCAACCAUUCAAGAGUAACAGAUGGAGCUGUGAGCCGGGUCAGGGGGAAAUCGCAGGCACCUGGGAACCCAGUGAAUCACAGCACUGGAGAAAACAAGUGGGAGAAGUCUAGAGAAGUGAGGCAGUCAUCCUCACUCAGUCCCCACAGGGAUAUUCUCAUCCCAACGAGCAAGGUAGAGGUUCCGAACCCAUCCUGAGACCGCAACACCGGGCCGCAGAGGGACAAGAGGAAAGUACUGCGCAAGGUGAGACAGAGGGAAGCAGAUCAGGUCUGUAGGCAGGGGGCUCUGAGGGGAGCGUAUGAGGAGGAGUCAGAGAGCAGAGGAGACCCCUGACCUGUCCUGACAACACAGAGCUGCCCCGGCAACACACCCGGGCCACACAAGGAGACGGACAAGGAGCACCCACUCCUUUCGCAGGCAUGAGGUCCUUCCGUUCGUUCGGUAAUGAUGACCGUCACGUCAUGGCCAAACACUCCACCAUCUACCCAUCGUCGUCUGAACUGGAGGCGGUCCAGACCCUGGUGUCCACCGUGGAGGGUGCCCUUAAACACGUCUCUGAUUGGAUAGACCAGAGCAAUGUCCAAUCGGUGCAGAGUAACAGCCAGGCAGACGCAGCAGCCGGCCAGACAGACGGCCAGCCGAACCCCACAGACAGCACAAUGACAGAGGACGGUAGUGCUGACCAUGACGACGACCUUAACGACGACCCCGACGUUAGUCCCAGCGCCAGCCCAGAUGACUGCACAGACAGCAGCAGCAGGGAGCCCGGUGGAGGUGUGCUGUGUGGGGUGAUGAGGAUCGGCCUGGUGGCUAAAGGGCUCCUCAUCAAACAGGACAUGGAUCUGGAGCUGGUGCUGAUGUGUAGAGAGAAACCCACUGAUGCACUGCUGUGCACUGUCUGUGACAACCUGCCCCUGCAGAUACAAAAGUUAACCGAAGACAAGUAUGAGGUGCAACGCUGUGUGCCAGAGGCAGCCAUCUUGGUGUGUAGUACGACAGAGCCAAAACUCACCCUGAAGGUCACCCUCACCUCCCCGCAGAUGAGAGAGGACAGCGACACGGACGAACAAGUGGAGGGUGUUGAGCUGACAGACCCGGCAGACAUGCUGGACAGGCACAGAUGCCUGGUGGCCCUGGCGGCUCUGCGACAUGCCAAAUGGUUCCAGGCCAGAGUAAAUGGGUUGAAGUCGUGUGUCAUCAUCCUCAGGAUCCUGAGAGACAUGUGCAAUAGACGACCAGCCUGGGAGCCGCUGAAAGGAUGGCCCCUGGAGCUGAUCUGUGAGAAGGCCAUAGCCACGUGUAACCGGCCGCUUGGUGCAGGGGAGGCCUUCCGUCGGGUCAUGGAGUGUCUCGCCUCAGGAAUCCUCCUUCCAGGAGGACCAGGGUUACACGACCCGUGCGAGAAGGAGCUGACCAACACCCUAACGGCCAUGACAGACGAGGAGGCAGAGGCCAUCACAUACAGCGCACAGCACGCUCUGAGACUGAUGGCGUUCGGUCACAUCUACAAGGUGCUGGAGAUGGACCCUCUCCCCUCUAGUAAACCCUCCCAGAAGUACCCCUGGUCAGACAGGGAGGGCUCAGGGCUGAAGAGGCCCUACGAGGAUGGGCCCACGGACGACAAAGACCUCAUCAAGAAGAUGAAGAGGAACCUGAGGAAAGUCCUCGACAGCAAAGCAAUAGACACCAACCAACCAAUGAAUGCUCUGAUGCGUCUGAAUCAGAUACGUCCAGGUCUGCAGUACAAGCUGCUGUCCCAGUCCGGCCCGGUCCACGCUCCUGUCUUCACCAUGUCUGUAGACCUAGACAGCACCGUCUACGAAGCCUCGGGCUCCUCCAAGAAGACCGCCAAGCUGCAUGUCGCUGUCAAGGUUCUGCAGGCGAUGGGUUACCCCACAGGGUUCGAUGCAGACCUGGAUUGCAGUGCAGACGAGAAGUCGGACGGAGAGGGGAAGAGCGAAUCAUCUACACACUCAAGCAAUAACACAGCACACUCAGACAACUCAAAUACACUGGAGGUCCGAACUCAGGGUCCUAUUCUGACGGCCAGUGGUAAGAACCCCGUCAUGGAGCUGAACGAGAAGCGCAGGGGUCUGAAGUACGAGCUCAUAUCAGAGAGCGGGGGCAGCCAUGACAAACGCUUCGUCAUGGAGGUGGAGGUGGAUGGUCAGAAGUUCCGCGGGGCGGGGCCUAAUAAGAAGGUGGCGAAGGCUUCGGCUGCGUUGGCUGCUCUGGAGAAACUCUUCUCUGGCCCCAACGCCGCCGCCGCCAACAACAAGAAGAAGAAGAUCAUCCCACAACAUGCCACUAAAGGAGCCCUAGCUGCAGCGGCAGCCUCAGCGGUAGCAGCCCAGGUGGCCAGAGGGAGAGGUCGAGCGGCGGCCCUGACCAGAGGAGCCUUCGUCAGCGCUGCCGCACCAGGGUACACACAGAUACCAGGCUUCGGGACUCCAUAUGGAUACAGUGCCGCAGCCGCCCCAGCCUACGGUGGUCUUUUCAUUGACAAUCCUUUUUACCAGCCUCGGACCAUCGCACCAUUUAUUAUUCAUUUGGGUCCUCAAGAUCUCUUCUCUGACUUCUAGAACCAUCAGGUUGUGUGGCUUCUAAACUGUCGUACCUACAGUCCCGCUAAGGAGCUUGACCUUUGACCCAGCAGGCUGUCUGUCCGUCUCCCACCGUACGGUACAGAGCCAGCGAGCGGUCAAACCGAACUCCUCUCACUCUGUUCUGUCUCCUCACAACCCAAAUCAAAGGAAACAAACCUUUAAAAAAAAAAAGCAAUACUUGAUUUGACUUUUUUGACUCUCAGCUGCAUCAAAACUGAAGGCUGAGUACCUUGGUCUUUUAGUCUCUUUCUUAUAUAGCAAUACUACACCUGAACUUUUUGGCUUCAAGCUUACUUGAGAUGAUGACGUGAAUGUUCAAUUGAGUCUUACCCACAGCAUUGCAAUAGGUCAUUUCAACUGUAUAUUCACUGUGUGUAUGUAUGUGUGGCUAUACCAUGGAAUAUAUGCAUAUAUGUGUAUGGUAUGUGUUCCUAGAAAUAUAUAUAUAUAUUACAUGUGCUGAAACUAUUUAGGGUGUACGCGUGUGUAAAUAUGAUAUACUUAUUGUUGGUAUAAAUUAUUUUAGAAUUACAAAAGUGAAAUGUAAUUAUAAUCCCACAGUAUAGCUUUCUUCUUCUUCCAGUUUUAUAUACACUAAGCAAUUUACUCUACUCUAGUACUAGGACAAUGCAAUAUGAAACGUGUUUCUUAAUUAACCUGUGCUCACAGACUAGCGUAGUGAUGCUUCCUUUUAUUUUACCCCGAUGUCUAUCUCAUCUGAGCCUUUCUGGACACGCUCAAGUCUCUCUGGUCUAAGGCUCGCUAGCACAGCCCGGUCAGUCGAGAGUCGCUCGCUCACUCAACCUAGCAACCCUUACCGCCCUCUCUAACACACACACACACACACUUCCUAUGUGACAGCACACAUUACUUUCCUGUUGACUUCCGGUCAGAAAGCACACUUCUCUACUCAGUGGAACAUUUCUCAUUGCUCCACUGCUAACAGGCGUACGCUAGUGGAGGUUGCUGGGGGGGGGGGUUCAUAAUAAUGGCUGGAACGGCGCGGACGGAAUCGCGUCAAACACAUGGAAACCAUGUGUUCGAUGUAUUUGAUACCAUUCCACUCCAGUCCUUACCCCGAGCCCGUCCUCCCCGAUUUAGGGGCCACCCUGUACUGUACUGCUCUAUCGGUACUCUACGUGCAUACACACUAUCCUUACAAUAACCUGGGGGUCUGUUGGACAACUAGAGUAUCUGUACACUGAAACCUCCUCACAGGAGGACUACAUUACUCAGAGGACCAGCCACAGUCCUCUCUCUCUCUCUCUGGCCUACAGCAUAACGUGGGACCAAAAGCACAGUUCACAGUUUGUUAGCUUGUAGAGGCGGUGGGUGGCCCUGUGACGGCACCGCCGCCUGCUCGCCCCUCCCCCACCCCCAUGCACACGUCAGUCGCCCCUCCGUUGCUGCGCAAAGGGCUUAGUUCACAAUCCGUUUGUACAAACUCACGAAAAGGGGUAUUUUGGAUCACAACCAAUGUGUCAAAUGUAUUAUGCAUCGGUUUGACAAACCGAGCGUGGACUAAGUAAAGCUACUCGGACAAUCCAACACACAGGGCCCACUGCUGCAAUCUGUCAACACAGUCGCAGACCAACCAGCCUUGCCACCAUGGAACAGUCCGACCACACGUGAAUAGCUACAUCUAAUUCAACGGAUAGUCCGACAUUAUACACGUUUAUAGCUCUACUGUAGAAAGACAGACGGGACCCAGUUGUUUCAUAACCCCCUGCUUUACCCUCUCUAGUAUAGCUUUUUUCUAUACUAUAUAGUAUAAUAUACUACCUAUAGUAUGCAGUAUGCUAUAUCUAACUGAGAAGGUGAAGCCAUAGUAAGCUGUAGUUGAUAUUAUAUGAGUUUGUGUGCGGUUAAAUUAGCGUAUGGUGGUAAAGUAAAACUACAGUGCCUAGCAAGAUUUACCAACCCAGCAUCAAGGCCAUAUUACCUGGUCUUGAAUAAGUGGACAUCUUCCGUCAGGAUGAGUCACUACAGAUGGAUGGAUCACAAAGUACAGGAUAAGAUAAGGUAAAUGAAUGUUGUUGUUUUUUUAAAGCUUAUUUAUAUGAAAGCUGCUAAAAAAUGUAAAUCAACACCCCCCCGAAAAAAAAUCUACAUUUUGCUAGUGCAUUCUGCAAAUCACUUUUGUGUUUUUCAAAUAGAGGUGCUAGGCUGAUAAACAUAACCACAUGAUCUGACAACUGGCACAAUACACAUCCAAAAGGGAAUGCACGGUUUUAAGGUAUGCUCGUAUUUGAAUGUCCCGAAACAUUGAAGCAUAGCUUUAUAGCACUGGUUGGUGGGUCAAAUCUUUUGACAAACACAAUGUAUGUAUUUAUGUAUGUAGCUUCAGUUGGUGAGAGCUUCCGAUGUUUUCUCCUCAUCACUUUUUGGGGUGUUCAACACGACAGCCUUUUAAAAAACAACAAACAACUGCGGUCAGAAGGAAACUGCUGAAAUAUUGCAGGAAGUACAUGAAAUGCUUUGAUUCUCCUUCCUUGAUCUUCGUGGCAGUUUGAUCUUCAGUGUUUUUGUCAUUUUAAAUGUUGUUAUUUUUAUUUUAUUUUUUUUAAAUAAUGUUUGAAAGCUAUUGAGCCUCAGUGUAACUUUCAAGACGAAUAACUUACAGGAUUUCAAUCCUGGUGGGACCAUACUUGUGAACUUUUUCUCAGUCUCAAAAUGCACAUCAGCCAAUUAAAAUGGUUGAGGUACACCGACUAUACCAAACCUUAGGAACACCUUCCUAAUAUUUAGUUGCACGACUUCAGUUCGUCGGGUCAUGGAUUCUACAAGGUAUCGAAAUUGUUCCACAGGGAUCCUGGCCCAUGUUAACGCCAAUGCUUCCCACAGUUGUGUCAGGUUGGCUGGAUGCCCUUUGGUGGUGGACCAUUCUUGAUACACAGGGAAACUGUUGAGCGUGAAAAACCCAGCAGCGUUGCAGUUCUUGACACAAACCGGUGCGUCUGGCACCUACUACCAUACCCCAUUCAAAGGCACUUAAAUCUUUUGUCUUGUCCAUUCACCCUCUGAAUGGCGCACAUACACAAUCCAUGUGUCAAUUGUCUCAAGGCUUAAAAAUCACACUGAUUGAAGUGGAUUUAACAAGUGACAUCAAUAAGGGAUCAUAGGAUUCACCUGGUCAGUCUAUGUCAUGGAAAGAGCAGGCAUUCUUAAUGUUUUGUAUACUCAGUGUUGUUGCAAGUGAUGAAACACUACACAUUAGCUGUUCCCAUGACAUAACCUGGCACAUUUAGCCCUAUUCUAACCUUGUCAUGUGACACUGAUUACUUCCUGUAACAAAUUCUGCGCCAUACUAUCAAAGAUCUUAAUAUCCACCAACCAAUGGCACUUCUUAAAAUGUGUAAAUUUGGCCACCAGAAGGAUAUUUUCAACCUCCAACCUCCAAGGUUUACUUUUGUUCUGCUUGGUGUGUGUCUCAAGUGUAGAGUGCCAAUUGCACGAUGCACCCUUACACACAUUGCUAAAGCGGUUGACUCUAAAAUUACAGUGCACAUUAACUGUGGGUUCGAAGCCCCGUUGCGUCAAAACAUUUUUUGUUCAGGAAAUCUAUGUUCACUGCUGGUCCUCGAUGCGCGAUUCAAAUAACCAAAUUGACAAAGUGGAUGAUUAUAAUAAUGCAUAAUAAAAUGUUGUACUUGUAAGUCCAGCCUACACGCCUAAAUAAAUAACGAUUAUUUAUGUAGCAGUGUCAGGAGCCUGUAUGUCAGUCUGCAAGAGGGACUCCAACAAGAAGCUCCUCAUUAAAUGUAUUCGUAAUAAAAAUUGAGACAAGGUUUUGUCUGCACUUCUCUUGUAGAACUACAGUUUGUGUGUUGACGUUUCAAGGCGGGGAGGGGCGACGACGACUAAUGUUGAGAUUCAAACCCUUGCGAUAAUCAGCAACAUUUACACAGAGCUGGGGAGUCUACACAGAGAGCUAUUUGACCAGUCACUCAAACACACAUGAUCUAGUUGCUUUGAUGAUCGCAACAUGCCCGUUGGACUUCCGUUAAGGACGCGUUCGUGAAGUGUUGGAUCACGUCCCAAUCCACGUCAGCGAUUUUAAUUGGCUGAUACGGAAUUUGAACCAGGUGUUAUGGUACUGAUGCUUUUGCCGCCACUGACGGUUUGUUUACGUUUCUACCAUUGUGGCUAGAUGGAGUAGACCUACGGUGGUCGAGUCGGGGACAACAGUUGUUGACAGCUGUAGCGUUGUAGUUAAGCCUACCCCCCCCCCCCCCCCCCCCCCUUUCUUAACCUUAACUUAAUUAUCCUAACCUGCUGCGUUAGUUAUCCUUAAAAACAAAUCAUCAGUGUCACCGCAUGGGGUAUAAUGACGGGUAGCUGUGCAGGUUAGCAGAGGAUAAAGUCUGCCAGGUUAUCUGAUAAGAACAGCUGUAGUCGAUCGUUUGAUCAAUUGGCUGGUGUGCAGUUUGAGACGGAGAAAAAGUUUAAACCUGUUCUGAUGUUCGCAAGUACGGCCCCGGUAAGUCUUGACUGACAUCACGGGUAAGUUUUCGUUGAGAGUUAUACAUGUUUAUUGAGGUAGAGAACAUUUUUAAAAGUCUGAACAUCAAAUAAAAGAUCAAACUGAACUAAACUAUCUCCACAUUUACAGUUUUCAGAUUUGUGUUUACUAUAAUCUGUAGUUGUCAAACACACAAUCCCCUUUCAGAUCUGAAGUGUUCAGGUGUACCGGUAUUUGAAUGGCUUCGCCUGCAACUAGACCUAAAGACCUUUCUCUUCAGGAAGGCUUCCUGUUGAUAAUUGUGCUCCCUGAGUGUCCUUGUCUCUUGUGUAGCAUCAGCUGUGUUCUUUGUCUAGUUGUGUCCAUUUUUUGUUGUUGUUGAUUAUAAUGAAAAGCUCUUUACAAAUGUAAUUUGUUAUGAACUAAUCACUCCUAUUGAUUACAUGAUAGACAAUCACUCCUAUUGAUUAGUCUUUCUGGUAUCCUAUUGAUUACACCAUAGACAAUCACUCCUGUUGAUUAGUCUUCUGGUACAAGUCUCUCAUUGAGAACGUGUAUAACAACAACCCAUGCAGAGUUAGACUCUAAACCAAAGCCUCACAUGGAAAUGAAAAAACCCUGCAGGGGAUAGUCCAUCCAAGAACCAAUGGGAUAUUCCAGUUGGUGUUCCUGGAUGAGAGGGGUUAGUCCCAUGACUGCCUGAACACCAUAUGAUACAGGCAUCACUUGUGGUGGUGCUGCCAGGCUGGGCUGGCAUGGAGAGGCUCCCCUAUCCCAUCCUAUCCCAUCGCUCAGAGCAGCCAGCCAGCAGCAGAGCUGAGAGUCCUAAUUAAAGUAUCAAUCUUUUUUUUUUUUUUUCUCAAUCUUUGUUUUCUUACCUUUUUGAGAAUUCAUGCGUUUGUCUUCUGAAUUCAAAUUCAGGAUUUACAGAUGGAAAGCCUGUGGCCGGGGUGAAAAUCUUUAAAACUUCCCCGUCAAUACAACAUUCUGCUCUCUGAGGGCUGUGUGUUGUGUUGAGACAUGCUAAGGCCAGAUGGCCCACAUAAAUAAUAGGCUACUGGACAUCAUCCUUCACUGAGCGUUGGUUGGCUUUUAAUUUCCCCCUGGAAUCGUCCCAGGCUAAUGAUCCAUGCCUCUGCUCCCUAAGGUGGGCCAGAGUGCAGAACACCUCACUGCUUAUCAGGAGCAUACAACUGGGUUCAAAUAAUUUGACAUCAUUUGAAAUACUUAAACUGAGCUUAAUUAUUCUAUUGCCCCCGGCAAGCUCAAUCGCAAAAGUGCAAACCCAGCCCAUCUGGCACUCCAGACAGGCUAAAGCAAACAUUACAAAUAUCUACAAGAUUUCAAAUAGUAUUUGAACCCAGGUCUGGCUGGUAGUGUAGUGGAGAGAGCAGAUUGCCUCACUUAGUGGGCAGAUUGCUGUAUUUCCUAUAAUAUAUUAGAUCUCGGCGAUGAGAAGACCAGGCAGAAUAUAUAAAUGGAUUGAAAUAUAUUGCAAUAAUGACGAUGCCUUUGAGUUAGGACACUAAGGAAAAUGGUUAAGUGGCUUUUGUCGAUGAACAAUGAUUGUGUUCUUUUGAAUUAUACAUGGUUUGAUUUGUGUGACGGAUUGUAAAAUAUAGCCUCGUCCCUACCGACUUCCCCUGAACUGUCCCUGAUAGGUCCUCCUCCUUGACAUAGGAAAAUGGGACACAACAAGCACAAAACCACAUUGACCAUAUUCCACCGCAUCCUACUCAGGACCCACCGGAAACACACACACGCCGGAGUUAUUUCCAGCCCACCUCAAAACACCCAUCCUCAUCAUCGUUGUCACGCACACCCACAGUACAAUAAUAAAAAGACGGGGGUUCCUACGGGGCUCUACCACCCCAGCUCAACGAUUGUAUUUAGUGCAAGCCACAAGCUGUUACUGAAGAUAUACUACAGGAACGGAGCCAUUUGUUACAGAGGAAUGACUUCCACCCCCCCCCCCCAUAACCAUGUACCUUGGUGCUUAACAAUGGGCUGUAGCUGUGUAUAUAGUUAUUUUGAGUUGUUUACUUAUUUUUUAAAUUAUAUAUAUGUGGAAGUCUUCUACAGUUCUUAAUGUUUUACUGAGAGAGAGAAGGGGACCGGUGUGUGAGACUGGGGACUCGAUUAAAUGCCUAUCGCUGAAGUUCAGCGCUGUGGCGCGAUUGACAUUUAAAGGGAACGCUCCCAUGUUCGUGGCGACUGCAUGCACCGCUGCAUAUGCCGCCUCAAUUGGAAAUGACCUUCACAUUUGAAUCGCGCUACAGUGCUGAACUUGUAUGAUACGGAUCGACUCGAGCCCUAUGAACAAUUUAGAAAAAUGGGAAUUAAAUUUGCGAGCCUGCAGCAGCUCUGAAACAGGAGUCGGAUCUGGUUACGCCCGGCGAGAGCGAGGUUCCCCGGAUUUUAUUGCUGAACGUUUGUCGUCGCCGGUCUGCGCUCUAGGUAGCUGCAGCGCAUAGUUCAGGGUGAAGUCGGUCACAGUAUGGGAGAUGGGCUUUCCACUUGUGACAGACUAUCACUUGUUACAAAGCUCGCUCUCGAGGAUCUCAGCCCAUCAGUGUUGUCCAAUAUCCUGACUGUCGAUCAAAGCUUUUUGGUUCUGAAUGUACACCGUUGUUGUUGAGUAGAAUGUAUAACCAUAGCAGAGCUACAGUACUUGCAUUUUUGUAGAGACACAUAUAAACAAAUAUAUAUGAUAAACAUGUAUAAAUCUAUAAAUCUUUUUUUUAAACUACUUGUGUAUGAGUCAUUUGGGCACUUCCUGCCUGGUUUGUGUUUACAUUUUUAUUUCUAAAGUUCUUUGAGCUUGGCGUCUUCUGAGUGACGGACUCCUCCCCUCCUCUUUCUGUAAAUAGAAUCUUCCACUUAAGUUGAAUUAUUUUGACUACGGAGUUAUAUCUGUGCCAUUUAAAAUCAAGUAAAGGUUUAGCAUUUUAUUGGCACAAAAGUAACUCCAUAGAAAGCAGCCUAGCUUGCCGGGAGUUGUGUGCCUCUCGCACUUUGUUCGAUCACGUGGCAUCAAAUAAAUGAUCAAUUUGAGUUAUAAAGUCACUAUCAACAAGGUGGUCUAAUGCAAAGUGACGAUUGUGCACAAACCUCGGAGCGAGCGGCGCUUCAUUCGAAAUGACGGCAGUAGAUGUUUUCUAGCUGUGGUAUUAAAUUAUUAGUCGCAAAAAUCACCAUGGUGAUAUGUACUUUGUCACUGUAUUUGCCAUAAUUUAUGCUUGACAAAAUAAUAAUAAAAAAAAAAGUACUGAAUCUUC